GGCCUUUGGAACUGGCUGGGCAUUUGAAACAGGCGAUUCGCCAGGGCACCCUGCUGGGGUGUGGCUGGAGGAGGGCUGGGCCGUCGGAGAGGGCUUUGCAGCCAUCUUUUGCCAGCGCUGCUGCUGUAAUACCGCCGCCGCUGCCGCUGUUGCAGUCUUGGAGUGAAAUCCCCGGCCAGAGGAAAAUGAUCCACAGUCUGUUUCUUAUAAACUGUUCUGGUGAUAUAUUCUUGGAGAAGCACUGGAAGAGCAUUGUCAGCCAAUCUGUGUGUGAUUAUUUCUUUGAAGCUCAGGAGAGAGCCGCUGAUGUUGAAAAUGUGCCUCCUGUCAUCCCCACGCCUCACCACUACCUCAUCAGCAUCUAUCGAGAUAAAAUCUUUUUUGUGUCUGUCAUACAGACGGAAGUGCCGCCACUCUUUGUCAUUGAGUUCCUUCAUCGGGUAGCAGAUACUUUCCAGGAUUACUUUGGAGAAUGUUCCGAGACUGCAAUUAAAGAUAAUGUUGUCAUUGUAUAUGAGCUUCUUGAAGAAAUGCUGGACAAUGGUUUUCCACUGGCAACGGAAUCUAAUAUCUUAAAAGAGCUAAUUAAACCUCCCACGAUCCUGCGCUCUGUCGUCAAUUCCAUCACAGGUAGCAGUAAUGUGGGUGAUACUCUUCCAACUGGCCAGCUAUCAAACAUUCCAUGGCGGAGAGCUGGUGUGAAGUACACAAACAAUGAAGCCUACUUUGAUGUGAUUGAAGAAAUUGAUGCCAUUAUAGACAAGUCUGGCUCCACAGUCUUUGCAGAAAUCCAAGGCGUCAUUGAUGCCUGCAUCAAACUCUCAGGGAUGCCUGACCUUUCGCUUUCUUUCAUGAACCCAAGGCUGCUGGAUGAUGUUAGCUUUCAUCCUUGUAUUCGAUUCAAGCGCUGGGAGUCUGAACGAGUCCUCUCUUUCAUCCCUCCAGAUGGAAACUUCAGAUUGAUUUCUUAUCGGGUCAGCUCACAGAAUUUGGUGGCCAUCCCAGUAUAUGUGAAACACACAAUUAGUUUCAAAGAGAACUCCUCUUCUGGAAGAUUCGAUGUUACAAUUGGACCUAAGCAGAACAUGGGGAAGACAGUGGAAGGAGUUGUCAUGACAGUUCACAUGCCAAAAGCUGUCCUCAAUAUGAAUAUUACGGGCACACAAGGCAACCACACAUUUGACCCUGUCACAAAAGUGUUAACAUGGGAUGUUGGCAAAAUCACCCCUCAAAAGUUGCCAAGUCUUAAAGGGAUGGUGAACUUGCAGUCUGGAGCACCUAAACCAGAAGAAAACCCCAGCUUAAACAUUCAGUUCAAGAUACAGCAGCUGGCUAUUUCAGGUUUGAAAGUAAAUCGCCUUGACAUGUAUGGAGAAAAGUACAAACCAUUUAAAGGUGUGAAGUACAUCACAAAAGCAGGGAAAUUCCAAGUUCGAACAUGAGAUGAGCCCCUGCCUUUCUGGCAGAUAAACAUUUGGGGUUGUGUGUUUGCAUUUGAGGGGGAAAUGUGACUGCUUAGUGACUUAAGUUACUCUUAGAUGCCAAUUUAAUUCCUCAGACUAGAUUCAUUCCUGUACACUGCAGCUGUUCAAAUUAAAUCAUAGUUUAAAACAUCUUUUUUAUAUGUGGCUUUGAAAUAGAAUGACUUCCUUAGCAGUUUCCUUCUUGUGAGCCCACUGGUUCAUAAGCUGUCAUGACACACUGGGACUGUCCACAGAACCAGCGAACACUGUACACUGCCAAGCAAGCUACCAAAGCACAAGGAAGAUACAGAAGAUUCUGGACAGAGAACCAAUCCCACUCUGGGCAGUACUGAAUGAAUCUUCUUAUAGCCUGUUAGAAAUUGGUAUUCCAUCGUACUUUGCAAAGUCCCUUGGGAAAUAGGAGUGCUACCUGUCCAUUGGUCAGUCCUCAGAAAGAGGGAUCUUAAGUAGUAAGAAAGAGGCUUUCCACACAAAGUUUACAACAUGCCUUUUAAUCAGAACUGUUUGCCUUAUCACCUUUCCGCCUGUGUAUUCAGCAGACAAUCUGUAGCCAAUCCAAGAUUUUCUACAACUUUGAAGGUGAAAAAUGUAUGGAAGUGAAGUCUUGCUUUUACAGGUACCAACACUUUGGAAAAGUGUCUCUUCUCUUACUCAGUUUUGUGCCAUGUAUACCUCAAGUAGCUCAGUGUAGGCAGCAAAACUUAUUUAAUGGUUGUAUUGCUUAUUUGUAAUGAAAUAAAAGGAAACUCUGCUAGAAGAUA